UGCGCAGUCGAAAAGUCAAAUCGCCAUUUUGGUGAUCGUUGUGUGAACGUUUUGAGUGUCGUAAAAUCCCAAAAAUGGGUUCUGCGAAAGCAGAAUCGGCCCAAAACAAUGUGAAAAACGCUGUAAAGCCCUACGGCAAAGUAAUUCUAACGCUGAAGAACAAACUGCUGCCGGAGGAGAAGCUGUCUCCGACGCCAAGCCAGAACGAUGGUCUCGACAUUGAAACCGAGACGGAUUUACGCAUUUACGGUUGUGAAUUGAUUCAAACGGCUGGGAUUUUGCUGAAAUUGCCUCAGGUAGCGAUGGCUACUGGACAAGUCCUUUUGCAACGUUUUUAUUAUUCGAAGAGUUUAGUGCGUCAUCCGGUCGAUCACACGGCGAUGGCUUGCGUUUGUUUAGCGUCUAAGAUUGAAGAGGCUCCUCGAAGGGUUCGGGACGUUAUCAACGUCUUUACUCACAUACGACAAGUGAAUUCCAACAAAACUAUACAACCUGUGAUACUGGACGUAAACUAUAUCCAAUUGAAAAAUCUCGUAAUCAAAGCGGAGCGGAGGGUUUUGAAGGAGCUCGGCUUCUGCGUCCACAUCAAGCAUCCACAUAAAAUCAUCGUCAUGUAUUUGCAAGUCCUGGGCUACGAAAAAAACCAAAAGCUAAUGCAAUAUUCGUGGAAUUACAUGAACGACUCGUUGCGUACUGACGUUUUCGUUCGUUACCAACCGGAAACAGUGGCGUGCGCUUGUAUUUACUUAACGGCGCGUAAAUUGCAGUUGCCUUUACCGAAAAACCCGUCCUGGUAUUCGAUUUUUGGCGCCACCGAAGCGGAAGUCAGAGACAUAGCGAUUAGGAUAUUAAAAUUGUACAAUAGACCGAAGCCAAACAUCGAGCAACUUGAGAGGAAAGUCGAAGAGUUGUGUAAACAGUAUCAUGAUGCCAGGGUCAAAGCUCGGGGUAAUUCCGGAAAUAACACCCCUAAUAACGAUUCGUCCAGUCCUAAUACGCAAAAGACAGCUGGGGCGCAUAAUGCGUGGGGUGGGUUUAUUAGUCGGUCGGGGAGUCACAUAGCGCCGCCUGUUUCGGAGAAGAGGUCCAGGUCUAGGUCGGGAAGUCAUAGUCCAGUUAGUAAACAUAAUCACAAAAGGUCGAAGAAGCACAGGUCGAGGAGUCGCUCGCCGUCCAGGAACCACAAGAAGAAUCACAAAAGGAGGAGUUACUCAAGGUCACGGAGUAACUCGCCUCAUAAAACGUCCAGGAAGGGGAGGGAGAAGAGAAGGUCAACGUCACCUGUUAAUGACCGUGAGGGUAAAAAUGACCGGUAUAUAGAUAGAUAUGACAAGUAUGAGAAAUACGAGAAGGAGAGGUAUAGUGGGAAAGAAGAAAGAGAGAGAGAGAGGUACGACGAGAAGAAGGAACGACAUGACAAACGAGAGGACAAAUACAAGGAUAAAGAAGAAAAGUACAGGGAAGACAGAGACAAAUACAAGAAAUCGAAGCAUGAGAAAGAUAUACGCGAGAGGUCGAAGGAUCGGCGGAGAUAAAAACUUAAUUAAGAAGUCUAGUGAUUAAUGUUUUUAAGUCAGAUUGUAGUUAUGCAAUUUUACCGUUAGCCACGAACCGGAUUUUGUUCUUGUAAGUGUACAAAUUUCUUAAAGCGAGGACAAAUAAAUGGAUAUUUUUUAUAAUAUA